AUGGGCGAGUCGGCCCUGUACGUCGCCGCCAGAAAUGAUCAUUCUGAAGUCGUCGAAGUCCUUCUGAAGCAUGGGGCUCUGGUUGACGCCGCUAAUAAGGUGAGACAUGGAGGACGUUCGAAAAAGUGAAAUUUGGUACAUCCAUGUUAUUGUAAAUGUUUCCCGAAAUAAAAGCGAAGGAGGCGGGGCAAGGGGCGGGACGCGCAGCGUGUGCGUUCGCGGUUCUUGGCACGAGUUCAAUUCAAUUGUCGCCGACUAUUUAAAAAGCUCGGCAACCGCUCUUUUUCAAUGUUUUCUACUAUUUUUUGAUGCACACAUGAACAUAAUCCAUAAAUAACUGAAAAAGGAAUGAAAAAACGCGGAAAACAGGCUUUUCAAAGAGUAGAUAGCGGUUAAAUUGAACACGUGCCAAGAACCGCGAACGCACACGCUACGCGUCCCGCCCCCUGCCCCGCCUCCCUCGCCUUUCAAGUCGGGAAACAUUGACUACAUCUCAGAAUAUUCCAGCAUGGAUAUACGGCCCUACACGAAGCUGCCCGAUUCGGACUUUCAAACACUGUGAAGGUCUUAUUGGACCACGGGGCUUACGUCGAUUUCGAAACAAAAGAAGAUGAACUUUCUCCUUUAUACCUUGCUGCAUUGAAAGGCCAUCCACUGGCUGUUAUUCGGCUCAUUGAACGAAAAGCUGACGUCAACUUCAGGUCUUCAAAAAACCAGGUAAGAGUUAUAACUUGUGCGGUAUGUGCGAGAGCGCCGCAGUGUACGCACACGACACACUGCAUUUUACGGAAAUCUUGGCGGUAUCCCGGAAAAAGAGAUGAAAGUUUCUGGAAGAUUUGAAAAGAUGUAGAAAAGAAAAAGAAAAAUAGGUUCAACGACAAGAGAGAAUUUUCCAUUUUCGAGGAGUACUGUAUGCGGAUAUGCGCAUUGCGUGCAUACACUUUGCGUGUUUACACUUUCGUUGCGUGACGUCACCGGGUAUGACAUCUCCGGGUUUUUUGUUUCCGACUUUUUUUUUUCGAAUCUUUUUCAAUUUUUUUUUCUUGGCAGUGUUUUUAUCGUGCAAAUAUCCUCGAGAAAAAUGCAAAUCUUGAAAAAAAAAACUCAGAAACAAAAAACCCGGAGAUGUCCUACCCGGUGACGUCACGCAACGAAAGUGUAAACACGCAAAGUGUAUGCACGCAAUGCGCAUUUCCGCAUACAGUACUCCUCGCAAAUGGAAAACUCGCUCUUGUCGUAUAGUCGAUGUGCCACAAGUUGAAAUUUCAUGGAACGACACUCCGCUGUUUCGAUUUGUGCGGUAGCGCGCAUCGUGAGAAUUUGCCAACCUCGGCCACGCUAAUUUUUUUUUGGUUUUAAUUCUAAAUUUGAUCGUUUUUUAAUUGUUUUAUUUCUUUAAAAUGUAUUAUUAUCGUUGAAAAGGAUCGCGUUUUACAAAUGUAAACGAAAGAACACAGUAAAUUUCAUGAUUUUUCUCGAAAAAAGCGAUAAAAAAAUUUUGAAAAACUUUAUGUAUUCGGCAAUCUCUUUAAUAUUGUUUUUCUCGUUUCUCAAAAAAGUUUUCAAAGUUUUACCAAAAUGAUUUGCGGGUGAAAUAGACCGUAAACGUCACAAUAUUCUACAAAAGUUUCUGUGUUUUUUUAAGGCCAUGUUUAAAUGUUUUCAUCGUUUUUUUUUUGUCUGUGAGUGGCUUAUAAAAUUAAGACGUGUACGCACUAUGGAAUAGAGAGAUCGGUUUUAGUCAACAUAAGGUUUUCCACUGCCCUGGUUGAACUAUUGGCAUUCCGAAAAACUUUAUUCAUCCAUUGCACUGCCGAAAAGUUCAUGGAACUAAAGAAUUAUCUAAGAAACUGUACAGGGUGGCUCAAAAUUACCCGCACAAGCUAUAAGUGCUAUAUAAAAAAAGUAAAAAGUCAGAAAAACUAUGGGAAUCAACAAAAAAAGUUUAUUCAUGAUCAUAACAACAAUUAUAAACUACUCGUGUUCCAUCCGGUCUCCUCUCUUUCCGAUGACAGCACGAAGACGUCUAGGGUACGCGUCGAUGGUUGCACGCAGGUAAUCUGGCGACAAAGUGUCUCAUUCCUAGACCAGGGUCUUGUUCAGGGCCUCGAUACUCGAGUGGGGUUUGACGUUGACCUUGUUUUGCAAAACCCCAGAAGGAGUAGUCCAAAGGAUCGAGGUCUGGUGA